UCUGGUAGAAAGCAGUCAAAAGUCUCACUUAAACUAUAUAUGUUUGUGGUUUUAGAAAAAGAGCAAUACAAAAGAUCUUCUCAGCUUAAAUUAACACAGUUUUGAUCAGUCUUAUAGUUUUCAUCUUAGUGUUCAGAUUCGCUUUGCCAAGAAAGAUGCUACGAUUUAUCAUCCUCUCCCUGCUGGUAUCCUCAGCGUUCGCUCUUCAGUGGGAAAUCUACAGAGAAGACUCGACUGGAAAUGAAGAAAGUUCUGGUGAAGUCAUGGUCAAAAUGAACCAAAAGCUUCCUGGAGUAUGCUGGGCAUGUAAGUGGGCUAUAAAGAAGGUGAAGAAUAAGAUCUCCAAUGGCGUAACCCAGGACGCCAUUAAAAGGCAGCUAGCAAGCGUCUGUGAUCAGAUUGGGUUCCUAAGAUCUAUGUGUAGGGGUUUGGUGAACAAGUACACGGGCGUUCUGAUCGAAGAAAUUUCAACGUCAGACAACGCAGCAACCAUCUGUAUGAACAUUGGCGUUUGCAAGAAGAGAGCUUUGUAAUGUUUUAAACUCUCAGGGGUGGUUUCCUGGACAGGGAUUAGACUAAAAUAAUGUUAUAUUUCCUAAUUAAACUAAGGCCUAGUUAAUCCCUUUCCGGAAAAAACAUCAUUCAGUGUUGAAAAUAUGGAUUACCCAAUAAAGUGUGAAGCAUU